GUCAUUGUCAAUCAUGUGUCAACGAAAUUGAGGUUAAAGUGUUGUUGUUCCUGUUGAAUUUCAGGAUUUUGUAUUAAUUAUUAAGAAUAUAAGAGAUAUUUAUACUGUAUAGAUUAGGAUCAACAUAUUUAUUUAUUCUUUGUAACAAUGCCUAUCCCGUGCCGAAGGAAUUGUGGAAAGAAUGCAGUUUUAAAACGACCCAAAACUGGCGAUGCUCUCUGCAAGGAAUGCUUUUUCUGGGCAUUUGAAACGGAAAUCCAUUACACCAUAACAAAAGCAGAAUUGUUCAAGAAAGGCGAUUCUGUUGCAAUCGGUGCGUCUGGUGGAAAGGACUCGACUGUACUUGCGUACGUCCUCAAGACAUUAAAUCAAAGGUAUAAUUAUGGCUUGAACCUCAUGCUGCUGUCUAUAGAUGAAGGGAUCACAGGCUACAGAGAUGACAGUCUUGAAACAGUUAAACAGAACCGGGAUGAUUAUGAAAUGCCUUUAAAAAUACUGUCGUACAAAGACUUGUACGGCUGGACUAUGGAUGAAAUAGUGGCUCAGAUAGGCAGGAAGAACAACUGUACUUUCUGUGGGGUGUUCAGGAGGCAGGCUCUGGACAGAGGGGCUGCUAUGCUGGGGGUGAAGUGUAUUGCAACUGGACACAAUGCUGAUGAUAUAGCUGAGACUGUGCUCAUGAAUGUUCUCAGAGGAGACAUUGCAAGGUUAAAGAGGUGUACAGCUAUAGCUACUGGCAGUGAAGGCUCAAUACCAAGAGUGAAGCCCCUCAAGUACACAUACGAGAAGGAGAUAGUAAUGUAUGCACAUUACAAGAAGCUGGUGUACUUCUCCACGGAGUGUGUGUUUGCUCCCAAUGCAUACAGAGGACAUGCUCGAGCACUCCUCAAGGAUAUGGAGAAGAUCAGGCCGGCUUGUAUCAUGGACAUCAUCUACUCAGGUGAAACAAUGUCAGUAAAGGAACAAGUCUCUCUCCCCACACAAAGGAUAUGCAGUCGCUGCAAGUUUGUCUCAUCGCAGAAGGUGUGCAAGGCAUGUGUCCUCCUUGAAGGAUUAAACAAAGGCUUGCCUAAGCUCGGUAUAGGAAAGAGUUCUAAAGCAAAGAGGAUGCUUGAUGAGUACAAUGCUAAACAGGCACAGAAUGGAACUGAUACACUACAGGAUGCUAUUAAAGAUUUGAAUGAUACAGAUAGUAUAGCAGUACCGAAAGCUAAGGCAGUAGUUAAAAGUAAAAAUAAGGCCAACAAAGAGAAUACAAGCAGUAAUGCCUCAUGUAAUAAAAACAACUGUUGUGGAGGAAGCUGUAAAAGUAAAACAAGUGUUGAUCCAGAAACUAGUAAUAAGAAACUUGACAUGCUCCUUGAACAGUAUGGUUUAGAUGAGAGUUCUAGUACAGAGAAACAUUCAAGUAACCAUGAGGUAAAUGGAGUGAACGAUGACAAUGGUUCAGAUCAUUCUGAUGAUGAGACUCCAUUCACUGCUCAGGAUGAUGAUGACACAUGUGGAGGCACGUGUGGUGGAGUAGGAUCACUACAAAUAGCCUUCUGACAUCAAUAAACAAAUAUUUUGAAAACA